AUGGAGGGAACCAACAGCUGCUCAAAAUGUAAACAAGUUUUAACUCUAGAAAAUUUCAAGAGGUGGAGGGGGAAACUGACAAAAACGUGCAUCAAAUGCCUCGAUAUUAAUCAAGCGUCAAAAGAUCGCAGCAUGUGUCCUUAUAAAAGGCGGAGGGCCUAUUACAAAGACUGUGGAGGAAGUCAGAAUUGCCACCAUCAAAAACAGAGGGCCUGUUGCAAAGACUAUGGGGGAAAUCAAAUUUGCCUUCAUCAAAGGUUGAGGUUUCAAUGCAAAGACUGCGGGGGUGGAAGCAUUUGCGAACAUCAAAAUAUAAGAUCUCGGUGCAAGGAAUGUGGAGGUGGAGGUAUUUUCGAACAUCAAAAAGGAGAUCAAGGUGCAAAGACUGUGGGGGUGAAAGCAUAUGUCCCCAUCAAAGGGUGA